UGGCUCAGGGGGCGGUAACUGCGCUUCCAGAUUUCUGGCGUCCACGCGGAUUUUCGCAGCUGUGGGGUAAGGCUGUAGGCCGCUGCGUCCUGCACUCGGGCCGUCAGCCCCGUCCGCAGCUGAGCAGAGCGAGGGUGAGCGGCGAGGCGGGUCUCACCAUGGCCGCGAACUAUUCCAGUACGAGCAACAGGAGAGAACAUGUCAAAACUACGACCAGCCCCCAGCCAGGCUUCUUGGAGCGGCUCAGCGAGACCUCUGGUGGGAUGUUUGUGGGGCUUAUGACCUUCCUGCUCUCCUUCUACUUAAUUUUUGUCAAUGAGGGCCGUGCGCUGAAGACGGCCACAUCCCUGGCCGAGGGGCUCUCGCUCGUGGUGUCCCCUGACAGCAUCCACAGUGUGGCUCCCGAGAACGAGGGAAGGCUGGUGCACAUCGUUGGGGCCCUGCGCACAUCCAAGCUCUUGUCAGAUCCAAACUACGGGGUCCACCUUCCGGCUGUGAAGCUGCGGCGGCAGGUGGAGAUGUACCAGUGGGUGGAAACGGAAGAGUCCAGGGAGUACACCGAGGAUGGGCAGGUGAAGACAGAGACAAGGUACUCCUACAACACCGAAUGGAGGUCCGAAAUUGUCAACAGCAGAAACUUUGACCGAGAGAUUGGCCACAAAAACCCCAGUGCGAUGGCAGUGGAGUCAUUCACAGCAACAGCCCCCUUUGUCCAGAUUGGCAGGUUCUUCCUCUCAGCGGGCCUCAUUGACCAAGUUGACAACUUCAAGCCGCUGAGCCUCUCCAAGCUGGAGGACCCGCAUGUGGACAUCAUUCGCCGGGGGGACUAUUUCUACCACAGCGAAAACCCUAAGUAUCCAGAGGUUGGAGACCUGCGUGUAUCCUUUUCCUAUGCGGGGCUGAGCAGCGAUGACCCCGACCUGGGCCCGGCUCACGUGGUCACUGUGAUCGCCCGGCAACGGGGUGACCAGCUGCUUCCCUACUCCACCAAGUCUGGGGACACCUUGCUUCUCCUGCACCACGGGGACUUCUCGGCAGAGGAGGUGUUUCAGAGAGAACAAAAGAGCAACUCCCUGAAGACAUGGGGCCUACGGGCCGCCGGCUGGAUGGCCAUGUUUAUGGGCCUCAACCUCAUGACCCGGAUCCUCUACACUCUGGUGGACUGGUUCCCCGUCUUCCGAGACCUGGUUGCCAUUGGCCUGAAGGCCUUCGCCUUCUGCGCAGCCACCUCGCUCACCUUGCUGACCGUGGCUGCUGGCUGGCUCUUCUACCGGCCCCUGUGGGCCCUCGGCAUCGGCUGCCUGGCCCUGGUGCCCAUCGUCCUUGCUCGGACGCGGGUGCCAGCCAAAAAGCUGGAGUGACACAGACCCUGGCACCCGCCCAACGCCCACGUGACCCUCAGGACCCAGCUCACUCCGCCCCUCGUGACCCGCCGCUUGCCCCCACAUGAGUCCACGUUGGUUUUGGAUUCUGCACCUGCUCCUCAAGUGUCCAGACUCAGCGGAGCGCAUGGACAUCAGGUUUGGUGCCACCAGCUUGUGUCGUCCCCGCCUUCUUGCCACUGGGCAGCUCCAGGAUCUGGUGAGCAGGGAAGGCAGCUCCUGACUGGCAGGGCGACAGCCGUCCGUUGUGCUUGCUUCCUUCCCUUCUUGGGACUGUGUGCGGCCCCUUCCCGUUUUGCUUUGCUCAUGUCUGCAGACGGGGAGGUGGGGACACCCCACACAGAGCUGCUGCCGCAACACUCCCCCCCUCGUCCGUGGAGAUAAGUGCCAGGGCUCUGCCCAGCCGCCCCUGCCCGUGAUCCCCUGGGCAGCACUGCUGGACAGACCGUGCACGGGGCCCCAAAAGCCAGUCACAGUGAAGACAACUGGGACAUUUGUUGGGUUCUAUUUACGUGUAUUUGAUGGUUUGGCUGAAAUUUCUUAGUGUAUAGGAUUUCCAGAGGUCUCACUUGGUAUGUUUCUUUGCUACACUUCAUGUGUGUUUUCCUUCCCUGAGAGGCUGGAGUUGUUUCCAGUUAAGAUGUAAAAACACAGAACUGCUUGAAUGCUGAACACUUCAGACUGUUUGAGAAAAACACCUCAUCUGCCAGCUGAAGUUAACGCAGGGCACGGAGAGGUGUCACCAGGGGCGUGCCUUGCUGCUUAGAAAGUAGCUCCGUCGGUACUCUGGUCACUGGGGGGUUGAGGGUGCUUUUGGAGCCAGCGUUGGUGAAGCGAUCCCGCUCUGGGAGGAGAGGGAAGUUUGCGGGAGGUGGAGAAAGGCACUGCCGUUUAUCCUCUGGCGUCAGAAACUACCGAUUCACUUGAAGAGGAUUUUGAGCUUUUAGUCAGCCAUUCAAGAAGGCUGGAAGCUUUCCUAUCUUAAGCGGGCUCCCUUGUGCCCCCUUCACCCCAAACCAGAAAUCCGAGCUGAGGCUUGUGCGGGGCCCACGAGGCUUUUCUGUUUGCGGCCGUCCUGGGCGCUGCCUCUGGGUGGCUCCUGUUCUCCCAUGUCCCCGGCUUCACGGAGUGAGACCUCCCCGCACUCCGCUCCGCUCCCGUUUCCCAGCUCCUCUCACCCUCUGAAACACGUAUGUUGUCACCUUGAUGUCUUAAAAGAGCCUUCGUGUAUCGUUUAUCUUUUUAUUCCUUGGAAACUGUCUGCCCUGCUGGGAGCGGUCGCUCUGGCAGAUGAGUUGGUAGUUGAGUAAGUGAUCAGACUUCAUCUCUCCGUGGCCUGGGAGGUCUGUGGUGUGACUUCAGAUUCAGAAGACAGCCGGCCCCAAAGAGGCCUGAGCUAGAUUUAAGAAUCGAAACCGUGUUCACCACUGCUUAUUACAUGAGCGCGUGUCGAGUCUCUCUCCUCUUGAAGGAUGCUUUUGGAAGACAGCACAACCAUUUUAAAUCACUGCAAAUUUCAAUAGUGUUCUUAAACAGCAAAGUCACAUUAAGAAAUAUUUGGAGUCUUUGGGAAAUCAUGAAAUUUGUAUCCUAUUUGUAUUUUUGAUAAAAAUUCAAAAUAAAUUUCAAAAUAGCUUUUAUAAGAA